CUAAUUAUCCCUUGUUCCAGGAUCGAGAUGAACAAACUAAACUGGAGAUGAAACAUCGGCAGGAGGAAGAUGAUUUAUAUAGAAAAUUCUCCAAACACAGAGAAGAAGAGAACAGAAGAAUACGAGACGAAAUACAGGAUGAAUGGGAACGAGAACUGGAAAGGCUCACAAGCCGGUUCCAGCAAGAAAUGCAGAUCAAGAAGCGAAGACCGGACGCGGAGAUAGGAGCGCUCACGCUACGGCAUCAGCAAGAGCGAGCAGACUUAGAGAAGAACAUGACACUCAGAAGGGAUAAGAAAAAGGAGAGCCUUACCAGGAAGAUGUUAGAGCACGAAAGGGCAGCAACAGCAGCACUGGUAGAGAAGCAGAGCCACGAGAUGAUGGAGCUGAUCCAGGAGCGCCGCUCGGAGUACAUGGCGGCGUCGUCCCUCUACGUGGACGGCGAGGAAGCGCCGCCGUACCCCGCCCGCGCGCCGCCCCCGCAGCCGCCGCUCGUCUCCAAGUUCCACAUCUACACAGACCCUGCUGAGUUCGCUGAUGUGGACAAGAUCGCCAUUUCUGUGGCACAAGAAGACCAAAAAACUUUCACGGACCUAGUCCGGCAGCUGGUCGGCAGAUGUGCCAGCGACGUUGAGAAGGCGCGCACUAUAUUCCGCUGGAUCACCGUGAAGAACCUCAACAACAUACAGUUUGAUGACAACUUGCGAGGGGACUCGCCGCUGGGCCUGCUGCGGGGCAUCAAGCAUGGCACUGAGAGUUACCACGUGUUGUUUAAGAGAUUGUGCAGCUACGCUGGUCUCCACUGCGUGGUAAUCAAGGGCUACAGCAAGUCCGCGGGCUACCAGCCGGGCGUCCGGUUCGAAGACAACAGGUUCCGGAACUCCUGGAACGCGGUGUACGUGGCGGGCGCGUGGCGGUUCGUGCAGUGCAACUGGGGCGCGCGGCAUCUCGUCAACGCUAAGGAUGCUCCCAAACCAGGGAACAGGGGGAAGAGUGAUAGCUUGAGAUACGAGUACGAUGACCACUACUUCCUGACGGACCCGCGCGAGUUCAUCUACGAGUUCUUCCCGCUGCAGCCGGACUGGCAGCUGCUGAAGACGCCCAUCACGCUGCACGACUUCGAGGAGCUGCCGUUCGUCCGCUCGCUGUUCUUCCGCUAUGGACUGUACUUCAGCGAUCCGAAUACAAAGGCUGUUAUGUAUACUGAUUCCACUGGUGCGGCGACUAUGCGCAUAGCCAUGCCGGCACACAUGCAGAGCUCGCUGAUCUUCCACUACAACCUCAAGUUCUACGACACCGAGGGCGACGGCUUCGACGGCGUCAGCCUCAAGAGAUUCGUCAUGCAGUCGGUGGUGGGUAACGUGGUGUCGUUCCGCGUGCACGCGCCCUGCAGCGGCGCCUUCCUGCUCGACAUCUUCGCCAACGCGGUGACGCCGCGCGAGUACCUCACCGGAGAACCCAUGAAGUUCAAGAGCGUCUGCAAGUUCAAGAUCUGCUGUGCAGAGCUGCAGACGGUGAUGGUGCCGCUGCCGGACUGCGCCAGCGGCGAGUGGGGUCCCACCAAGGCCACCAGAUUAUUUGGACUUGUGCCGAUCACACACCAGGAAGCGCUAGUGUUCGCUGGACGCGAGCUGGAGAUCCAGUUCCGCAUGUCCCGACCACUGGCGGACUUCAUGGCCACCCUACACAAGAACGGAGUCGACGAGAAACGCCUCUCCAAAUACGUGCAACAAAACGUGGCUGACGACAUCGCCUCGUUCUACAUCACGUUCCCGGAAGAGGGUCAGUACGGCCUGGACAUCUACACUCGCGAGCGAGGCGGCCCCACUGCCAUCCACCAGAACGGCUCCACGGAGAAAGAGAAGCACCUCCUCACGCACUGCUGCAAGUACCUCAUCAACAGCAGCAAGCGGAACUGAGUGAACUGCGCAAUAGACAAUAGAUGUCAGAUUACAUUAUGAAGUGUAUUCAGUAGCUGUGUGAAAUGUAAGCAGAUAUCUACUCAUUAUAAUCUAUGCUAAUAUAAAGUGGAAAAGUUUGUUUGUUUGUAGGGGCUAAUUUUUGGAAUUAAUGAACCGAGUUUGGAAAUUCUUUCACUAAUAGAAAGCUACAUUACUACUCAGUGCUAUAGGCUACUUUUUAUCUCGGAAAACAUUUGCACGCGGGCGAAUGCUAGUGAUAAAUAAUUUGAGUAGAUGUCGCCAAUUGAGUGAGAUGACCAUCGACAACAAUGAUGUGUCAGUGUUGCUAUAAUUCAAAUUUAUUUUUAAAACGUGUAUGCAAAUAAUUUUUACCUGACCUUAGUGGCCAAAACCUGGGGACUUUCAUUAUGAUUGUUGAUGUACUUUCUUAUCGCUUAUAUGGUGUAAUUAAGUAACUAGGUAAAGUAAAUUUAGUUGCAGUUUCCUUUAAGAUUCAAAAAAAUAUAUAAUAUUUGUUUACAUUUUUAGUACACGGCUAGUGAUUGCAUUUUAGAUUCUAAAGCGAUUUUUCAAGCUUGAUAUGGAUUAAAUGUUUUAAAGAUGACUUAUAAGCCAUUUUAUAUAAAUCAAAUUCUUUUUCCUUUGAUGAACAAUACGCACAGUUUUAGAAAAGGCAUUUCCGUAACUGAGAAAUAUUGUUUUUUUUUAAUUACUGUACAAUUUCAAGAAAAGAAUAAAAAUUUGAAAUAUAUUUGUAUUAUUGAGAUUUUAUAAUAUAUUUCAUUUCCUGGAGGACGAAACAAUUCCAUCAUUCGCACGAAUUCCAAUACCAAAAAUGUUUUGUUCAAAAGUAAUAAUUGUUUAAAAAUCCAAAUUGAUAUAUUGAAAACAUUCCUGACUCCCCCACAUAAUUAAUCUGUAAAAGAUAUAUGGGUGCAAAGCCGAAUGCGAAAAUAAAAAACUUUA